UGGGAUAGAGGUAUUGAUCGCAAGAGCUUCUAGGGGACAACUUGUUUACGCUUACAUAUCGUACUACUCCAACAGAUUUCAAGAUGUCGGCAACGAAUGCGGCCCGAAGUGUAAUUCGUCAAAUUUUGACGAGUUAUAAGUCAUCUAGAGGCUUCGACAAGGUUGGAGACAAGAUUGAGCUCUUGUCAAUGUCAGAAGGUAAAGCUUCUUUCAAAAUGAAAGUUGAAGAAAGUCACCAGAAUCCAAUGGGCAACCUCCAUGGUGGAAUGACAGCGACUUUGGUUGACAUGUUAACUACACUGGUGACAUUUACAUCGCCCCCACACAAACUUGGUGUCAGUGUUGAUAUGAGCAUAAGCUACCUAAGGCCAGUUCCAGUUGGAGAAGACGUUACUAUAAAUGCAGAAGUUAUCAAGAUGGGUCGUACAUUGGUCUUCACCGGUGCGGAACUGUUAAACAAAGAUGGAAAACUUGUAGCAAAAGCUAGUCAUACUAAAUUUAUUGGGGAAG